AUGGAAGCAGACGCUGGGAUAAACAGAACAGUUCUUACUGAGUUCGUCCUUUUGGGCCUCGUAGACUCAGAAGAGCUGCAGCCUGUGGUCUUUGUACUUUUUCUCUUUGCCUACAUGUUCACAAUUGGGGGCAACCUCAGCAUCCUGGCAGCCAUCUUGGUGGAACCCAAACUCCACACCCCUAUGUACUUCUUCCUGGGGAACCUGUCCGUGUUAGAUGUUGGGUGCAUCACAGUCACUGUCCCUCCAAUGUUAGAUCGUCUCCUGUCUCACACGCGUACAAUUUCUUAUGAUGCCUGCCUCACACAACUCUUCUUCUUCCACUUUCUGGCUGGAAAUGACUGCUUUCUAUUGACAGUUAUGGCCUAUGAUCGCUUCCUUGCCAUCUGUCGACCCCUCACCUACAGCACCCGCAUGAGUCAGGAAGUCCAGAGGGCACUGGUGUCUGUGUCUUGGACUUGUGCCUUCAUUAAUGCCCUGAUCCACACUAUCGCCCUAUCUACUCUCAACUUCUGUGGUCCUAAUGUUGUCAAUCAUUUCUACUGUGACCUCCCACAGCUCUUCCAGAUCUCGUGCUCUAGCACCCAAGUCAAUGAGCUGGUGCUCUUUGUUGCUGCUUCUAUACUAGCAGGUACCCCGGUGGUUCUCAUCAUCACCUCCUACACCCAUGUAGCAGCUGCAGUUCUACGAAUCCGUUCAGUGGAGGGCAGGAAGAAGGCUUUCUCUACAUGUGGCUCCCACCUCACUGUAGUCUGCCUCUUCUAUGGGACAGGUAUCUUCAACUACAUGCGCUUGGGAUCGAUUGAUGCUUCAGAUAAAGAUAAAGGCGUGGGGGUUUUCAACACUGUCAUCAAUCCCAUGCUGAAUCCUCUCAUCUACAGUCUCAGAAACCCAGAUGUUCAGGCUGCUCUGUGGCGAGUGCUUGUGGGGAGAAAAUCCCUAAGCUGA